GCACAAGACGAGGCGAAUGAAUUUGCCGAUCUCGACUACCGAUUGCCAAAAACGAUCGUUCCAACGAACUACGAAAUCAUACUUGUGCCAGAAUUGCAAAACGACUUCAAAUUCGAGGGAAUUGUACACAUUAGCGCAUAUUUACGAAACUCAACGAAAACUAUAACACUUCACCAUGGACGAUUGGACAUAAAAAUCGUGUCGGUGACAGUCGACGGUCAGAACGAAAGAAUCGACAACACCACGUAUAAUGAUAUGACGGAGAAAUACGAAAUUAAGCUGAAUAGGUUACUUGAAGAAGGGACAAACAUUACGAUCAAUUUCAAUUACACCGGUAAACUUAGGGACGACAUGAUUGGAUUCUACAGAAGCUCUUACUUCGAUUCUGAAGGACAAAUUCGUAUGGACAAAUACUGGGACGAAUUCAAGCACAGCAUCCCCAUGUCGACCUACCUGGUAGCUUUCAUCAUCUCGGAUUUCAAUUACACGAACGAUUAUGAGAACAAUUUUAAAGUUUGGUCCAAACCGAACGCUGUCGAUCAGACGAAAUUCGCUUUGAACAUCGGCACGAAGGGGCUCGUUUAUCUUUCCAAACGGUUCGAACAGGAUUAUCAAUUACCCAAGAUGGACAUGGUGGCUGUGCCUGAUUUCUCAGCCGGCGCGAUGGAGAAUUGGGGCCUGGUCACUUAUCGCGAGUCCAGGCUGUUGUACGACGAGGAAUCGACGUCCGACGCCGCGAAACAAAGCAUCGCCUCCGUCAUCAUUCACGAGUUGACGCACAUGUGGUUCGGCAACAUGAUCACGCCAGAAUGGUGGGGUUAUCUGUGGUUGAGCGAAGGAUUUGCAAGGUAUUUCCAAUACUUUGCCACCGCUCAGAUCGAGACGUCAUGGAACAUGGAGAACCAGUUCCUCGUCGAGCAACAUCAGACAGCUUUCGCGGCCGAUGGCAUCGAGACAUCUCUGCCAAUGACUCGAACUGUCGUCAAUUCAUCGCAAAUUGGCGGUGUGGGAGAUACUAUUACUUAUAAUAAAGGAGCUAGUAUCCUGCGAAUGAUAAAUCUCGUUUUUGGAUCCGACGUGUUUGACGCUACGUUACGAAAUUACCUGGAAAACUCCUUUCACAAGUGUGAUCGUAUUGUCACAUCUUCGCAUAUUAUUGGUUGCAGUAACAAAGAAGAAAAAGUGGCGAGGCCGAUAAACUUUUGGAAGGAAUUGGAGAACGAAUACAAACAGAAGAACGAGACGCUUAGCAAGCACGUCGAAGAAAUCAUGGCCACGUGGACAGAGCAAGCCGGAUUUCCGGUGUUGAGCGUCAUCAUCGGGAAUGACAAGGUAACCUUGAAACAGGAACGUUUCCUCCUGAGGAAUUUAAAAUCCACGCCCACAAAUCUAACAUGGUGGAUACCCGUCACUUGGACCACGCGACAAAAUCCAAAUUUCCAUCAACUAAACGUGCAUUGGAUAAACAACCAAACCGACUUCAUAAACAUCGAUACUAAAUCUACUGGCUGGAUGAUAUUCAACGUUCAGUCGGCCGGUGAAUAUCGUUUACAUUUCUUUCUUUUCUUUAAUUUACAAUUGUUAGAAUUUAUAAAGAACCGAAAUUACUUUUCCACAGGCUUCUACCGUGUGAAUUAUGACAAAGCAUCCUGGUAUCGUAUCAUCGACGCUCUAAACAGUGACGAGUAUGAGAAAAUAAACGUUCUGAACAGAGCCGCGCUGAUCGAUGAUUUGUUGAACUUGGCGAGAGCUGAUUUGCUCGAUUACCAAACUGCUUUCGAUGGUCUGCGAUAUCUUACGCGGGAGAAGGAUUAUUUGCCGUUUAAAGCUGCGUUCUCUGCGCUCACUUACCUGGAUCAACGAUUAUCUGGACAGAACGAGUAUUACAAACAGUUCAAGGAAUUUGUUCUCUUUCUUAUCGAAAAUGCGUACAAAGAUAUCGGAUACGUGGAUCGUCCGAGUGACGACAGAUUAACAGUAUUACUGAGGGGCGAAUUGAACAAGUGGGCUUGCAAUUAUGGCCACGAAACCUGCGUGCAGACUUUCACUGAAAUGUUCCAACAAUGGACCAACUCAACGGAAGGACAUAUAAUAAUUAAACCUAACCAACGACCGGUCGCAUAUUGCACGGGAGUGAAAUAUGGAACGAAAGAAGACUGGGAAUUCUUAUGGCGUCAGUAUUUAAAUUCGAACUCGGCGACUGAUCAAAUAGUAAUGCUAGAGGCUCUCGGCUGUACCCAGGAUAAAACUCUCUUGGAAAAACACCUGUUAAACGCGCUCAAGAAGUUCGAAGAAAACAGAAUUCGACUGCAAGACCAUACUGCUGUAUUCUCUGCGGUUUAUGGUUCCAAUAUAUUCGGCGCAGAGUUUGUGCUGGACUUCGUCGCGAAACAUCAGGCUGAAAUGAUCAAAUUUUACAACGGAAAUGGGACAGUUUCCAGUAUCUUGUCGUCAGCAUCGAAACGUUUCUCCACCGAGAGGCUGGUAGAUAAAUACGAUAGUUUGAUUGAGACCGAAUUCAAGGACAUCGUGAAAUCGUUGAGUAGUUCGUUGGAACUGGCAAGAUAUGAAUUGCAAUGGUUGAAAAGGCACACGAAAGCAAUUACGUCAUGGAUAAAUGAUUUCAACAGCAAACAAGAGAGCAACAGCAUAAAUUAUCGUUUGCCCACGAGCAUAAUCCCGAACUCAUACACGAUCUGCAUAGAGACGAACUUGACCGAUCUCGAUAAUUUUAUGUUCACAGGAUCGGUGAACAUCGGAACGAUCGUCGCGAACAAAACGAAGAAUAUCACUUUACAUUCGGUAGACCUAAUCCACCAUAAUAUUUCCUUGUCCUCAGACAAUAAGCAGAUUUCCUAUGAAAAAACUAGUAUCAACAAGAAGUAUGAUUUCCUGGUCAUCCAUCUUUCUGAGGAGUUGCAACCUGGACAGAGAUUGAACAUCUCGAUAGAAUUCACGGGACAUAUGAAUGAAGAAGAAAUGCGCGGAAUUUAUAGAAGCUGGUACCUCGACGACAAAGGCGAAAAAAAAUGGUUAGCUGCCACGCACCUGGAACCAGUGGGAGCUCGAAAAAUGUUCCCGUGUUUCGAUGAGCCAGAAAUGAAAGCAAAUUUCACAAUAAAUGUCCUAAUACCACAGAAAUAUAAUGCCAUCAGCAACACGCCAAUGAAACGUCCCCCUAUAUACCUUAAGAACAAUAUGCAAAAUAUCAGCUUCGAGGAAACGCCCAAAAUGUCGACGUACUUGGUCGCUUUGGUAAUCUCUGAUUUUUCGAUGAGAAAUCACACAGACAGAUACAAAGUAUGGGCGAGGCAGAACGCGGUGGAAAACGGGGAAUACGCUUUGUCCCUUAUGAAACCACUCCUCAGCUAUUACGAGGGAACACUGAACUUUUCGUAUCAUCAGGAAAUGCAUAAACUGGACAUGGUCGCGUUGCCUGACUUUGUGUCAGGCGCAAUGGAGAAUUGGGGUCUAUUGACUUAUAAGGAGAGAAACCUGCUGUUUGAUGAAAGUCUAUCGACCACAGCCUCGAAACAGAGUAUAGCGAACGUGGUGGCGCACGAAAUCGCUCAUCAAUGGUUUGGAAAUCUCGAGAACAGUGGAUGGUCACUGGAGGGUCAGUUCGUCGUGGAACACGUUCAUUCGGCUCUCGAAGUAGACAGUUCAGAAUCCACUCAUCCUAUGACCCACGAUGUCUGGAGUCCAACGCAAAUCAGAGGAAUAUUCGACACGAUAUCUUACGCCAAGGCUGCCAGUGUACUAAGAAUGAUAGAGAAUGUGUUGACCAAACCAUUGUUCCACAUGGCUCUCCAGAUUUACCUAGAUGAACAAAAAUACGGCGCAGCCACGCCGGAAGAUCUUUUCGACGCGAUCAGCAAAACAGUUGAAGACGAAGAACUCAAAAACUUGAUUCCGGACAUUAUGAACAGUUGGACCACACAGUCUGGUUAUCCUGUCGUUCGUGCUAUUCAAAAUGGUGGUUAUCUACUGUUGAAACAAGAGAGAUUCUUCUUGAAUCCAGAAGAAUCGUCGAACAAGAAUUUCUGGCACAUACCGAUCACUUGGACAAAUUUGAACAAACCAGACUUCUCUGAUACGAAAACGAAACAUUGGUUCAAAAAUGAUGAAGAAAACUUCAAAUUACCAACGAAUGAUCUCCUCUUGCUAAACGUUCGACAAGCAGGAUUUUAUCGAGUGAACUAUUCGCCUGAAAAUUGGCAACAAAUCAUCCAAAUCUUAAACGAUCGAUACCGGUCAAUAGACGAGAUUAAUCGUGCAACCAUCAUCGACGAUUUGUUCAAUCUUGCCCGAGCGAAAUACGUCGAUUAUCCAACUCUUUUAACUGCGACUAAAUAUCUGAUCAAAGAGGAUGCAUAUCUUCCAUGGCGAGCGUUUUUCAACGGCCUGAAUUAUUUGCACAAGCAAUUCGAAGGGAAGGGAAGUUACAAAGCGUUUGUGCGAUACGUAAGCUCUCUUCUGACACCAAUUUACGAAAAGCUUGAACUCAAGGAUAAUCACGAUUUGGAUCACACUGUGCUUUUGUUAAAAUCUCACGUUCUCAAAUGGGCAUGCAAAUUAGACAUAUUAGAGUGCAAGUCUAAAACUUUGGCUCAAUUCGAAGCUUGGAACAACAAGUCUACAACAGAG